AUGAUUGCUCUUCGAUGUCGUCCUCGCGCCUUCAUGCUAGAAGCAAUUUCGAGCGAAUAUAAAGACCUUCAUAUGUACGAUGCGUUCAAGCAAUCGACAGUGCUCCACGCAUUACAGCGUGGCAGUGAUGCUGUCGUUAAUACGUUACUCCUCUAUCAGCAAUUUCAAUUUGAAAGUCAGCGAGAUCCGUUCACGCCUCCGGACCUAAUCCGUAAACCUUAUCGCGUACGUCUGAGCGACACUAAUGCCAUGAUUCGGUCAGCUUGUGGCAGUUGCCUGGCCAAUCUCUCCUCUGGAGACAGCGCCGCGUAUCUCCUGGCGAAGAACCCUGUUUGUAGAAGAGACGUAGAUGAGUUAGACACAGCCGUUCGCUUCUUGCAUGAGCUGGGGAGGGGGCAUAUGGUAAGCGGGUCAACAAGGUACCAAGAUCUAAACAAACGUACUACGCCCUGUUGGCAGCCGUGUAAAUGGAUUGCGUUCUCGAGUGAUUGGCUGACGUCUGGGUUUGGGCACCCAUUUAUGGGAUCGGCGUUGAUGGAAAAGACGUUGAGGAGCCCGAAGUGGCUGAAGGACGGGAAGAGGAUCAUCUAUUAUGAGGCCGAUAAGUAUGAUGCGGCAGAUGGGGAGUGUGAGUUCUAUCAAGCCGAGCUGCCUGUGCUGAUCGAAUACUGA